CGAGGAAGUGGAAUGUUACAGUGUUUCAACUGUUACAGUGAAAGUGAAAACACGAGGAACUCGAGUCAUGAUGUUGUUGUCCUCCAUGGAUCGGAGACAGUCCAGCAGCUUUGCCAGAUAUCUAGAUGGAGAAUCCUGGGAGAUUAAAGAUGCUUUACGUGACGCGAUUGCAAAGUGUGAACUGUUUGAGUCCAGCAGUUAUGAGCUGACUCUGGAUCAGAGCAGAGACCUGACUGCAGAGAGACUCUAUCACUUGUUAAGACUGCCUUUCAUGAAAGAACACCUUCGAAAUCAGCUAAAAGAGAAGCAAAAAGGCUUCAUAAACAAGAGUUUAGGCAUCACGGAGAUCAUCUGCUCCGCUGACAUGUCCACGGGAGUCAAGCUCGGUGUUGUGUGUGGACUCUAUGGAGGUGCUGUCAGUAAUCUGGGCAGUCCAGAGCAGAAGAUCAAAUGGUAUCUCCCUGUUUCAGAGUUAGAGUUUACAGGGAUGUUUGCGAUGACUGAGAGGGGCCACGGUAGCAACGUACGAGGCAUUAUCACUGAAGCUCGAUACAAUCAGUCCACACAGGAGUUUAUUAUUCACACACCUUCCGAAGACGCUCAGAAAAUGUACAUCGGGAAUGCAAUGAAAGGAAACUAUGCCGCUGUGUUUGCCCAGCUCAUUAUAAAUGGAGAAUCUCAGGGUCCCCACUGCUUUAUUGUACCAAUCCGUGAUCAGAAUGGAGUCAUGUGGCCAGGAGUGACCACCAUUGACAUGAAGCACAAAGAAGGUCUGCAUGGGGUUGACAAUGGCAUUUUGAUAUUUAAUAACGUCCGGAUACCAAGGGAAAAUCUGCUGGGAAAGUUUGGGUCCGUGUCAGCUGAUGGUUUGUACUCGUCUCCUGUCCUCAGUAAAAGCAGUCGCUUCAAUGCAAUGCUGGCUGCCCUGACGCCCACCCGCCUGGGACUCACUGUACAAGCAAUGGCUGCCAUGAAGCUGGGGCUCGUCAUUGCAGUACGCUACAGUCACAGUCGCAGACAGUUCGGUCCGAAGGAUCAGGAUGAGGUGAAGAUCAUCGAGCACCAAACACAGUACCUGAGACUGAUGCCACACCUGGCGGCUGCCCUCGCGCUCAUCUUCACCACCAGAUACGCUGCAGGUUUGAUGGAUGAUGCUUUGUGUCAGGGUCAGGAUCUUCAAAGCAAUCGUGCUCUGCAAGCUCUGGUCGCAGGACUCAAAGCCUACAGCACGUGGGAGAACGUCGCGUGUCUGCAAGACUGUCGUGAGUGUACUGGCGGCAUGGGCUUUAUGAUGGAAAACCGUAUUCCGUCUCUGAAGUGUGACUCCGACGUCUUUGUCACAUUUGAGGGCGACAACAUGGUCAUGCUUCAGGUGGUGGUACGAGAGCUGCUGACCCAGUACACCAAACUGAUGGGGAACAACCUGGUGAUGGGACUGAUUAGAAACUGGACCAGCUCAGUGUCAGACAGCCUUAGAACAAGCUUUCUUGGCUUCAGCGUGGACAAAGUAGGAGACCUAAUGUUCCUGCUGAAAGCAGUGAGCUUCAGGGAAAGGGUGUUACAGCGCAGUCUGGCAAGUCGACUCUACUCUAAGGUAGAGAAAAACAAAGAGGAGUUCUUCAUGGCCUGGAACGCUUGUUUACAUCACGUGACUACUUUGGCUAUGGCACACAUUCACAGAGUGACCUUGGAGCAGUUUGCUCUCGCCGUACGAGAAUGCCAUAUCAAAGAGGACCGUGCCUUGCUCACCAAGUUCUGCCUUCUCCACGGCACUAGUCUGGUGUAUCAGGAGAGAGCGUGGUACCUGGAGCACAACUACCUGACCCCCAACACCAGCCAACAGAUCCGCAGCCAGCUUUUGGAGCUGUGCAGAUCGGUGAAGGAUGAUGCGCUGAAGGUGGUCGAUGACUUCAACAUCCCGUCCUGCUGCAUCCAGGCCCCUAUCGCUGGAGUGGCCAAUCCCAGGGCUGAAUGGGCCUUCUACCCACAGCCACAGUAUCCCAGCAGCACCCAGCCUCUGUCGAAGCUCUGAAUUAGAGAAUAAGCAUGGCUUUAUGAGGAUGCGGAAGAACAAUUAAGUGAUUUCAGGUUGCUGGUCUCAAUGGUUUCUAUUUUCUUUAACAUCGGUUGGGAGGAAUGAUGGACUGAUUGGAGGUGGUCAAUGCACUUAGGAAUGUAUCGCUGAGGAUUUAUGAUUAAGCAUCAUGCUUUGUGCCAAGAAGAAUGGUAGAAAUGGCUGCUAACGGCUAAGGCCUUGAGAAAAUGACAUGUACUUUAGGCACAACACUACAUUUUCUUGUUCACUCUUAAAAAUAAAGGUUCCAAAGGGGUGAGUUCGCAACAACGCCAUAGACAAACAAGUUUUGGGUUCCACAAAGAACCUUUCGGUGAACGAUUCCUUUUUGUGUGUGUGUGUGUGAGAGUGUGAGAGAGAGUGUGAGAGAGAGUGUGAGAGAGAGUGUGAGAGAGAGUGAGGAACAUCUAAAGAACCUUAUUUAACAUUAAAAGACCUUUUGUCCCAAAAAAGAAAACGUCAUUGGAUGUUAAAGAUACUUCUUGGAACCAAAGAUGCCAAUAAAGAACCUUUCAUUGAACAUCUCUUAAAAGAACCAUUAUUCCUUAGUGUGAAGAACAUCUAAAGAACCUUGUUGAACUAUAAAGAUAAAGAGCCUAUACUGUCCAAUGGAAAAUGUUCAUGGAUGUUAAGAGUUCUUCAGAGAACCAUCAAUACAGAACCUUUAUUUUUAAGAGUGUAUGUAGAAGGGAAUUUCAGUUAUACGAGUUGCACAUUUUGUCUAUCAUACAGGUACUAGAUAAUUAUUCUUAAAUUCUUCAGUGAUUUUAGCUGAAUUGAUUUCGAAUUAACACCAGCCAAGCGUCUUGUGUUUACAGAGGAUCCCUGAAAGCCUGGAUCUGAGCUAUAACAGCAUAAAGUAGUGCCAAAAGGCAGUUUUUUAGUUGAAUACGGUGUUAAGAAAAGCCCAAAUCUAAUUAGUCAUCACAUGACACACAGUUAAUGAAUAUUUAUGUGAUUGUACAUACAUUGAGUAACCGUAAACGCAGUACAAUGUUGGACAGACAUUAACAUAUUAAUGCAGCUAUAGUUUUUAAUGCUACUAUCAACUGCCAGAAUUGUACCUUUAUUUAAAAAAGUAAACUAGAUCACAGGUAAACUAGAUCACAGGUUCUAAUGUAGUUCAAAUCUUCUCAGCCUGGGUCUUCAAAAUGAUGUCUAUUAAUGUUAUUCCUGUACACUAAGUCUGGACCAAACUACCGAAUUGUCUUAUUCAAGUUUUUUUUUUUUCCACAAAAUAAAAAUAUCAUUUUGUUCACUUAUUAUGAAAGUCUGCAAAGAACAGCAAAGUGGAAGUUCCUUAAUGUUCUACAAAAAAAAAAAAAAAAAAAAAGUUGCAUUCCCUUAUAUUUCCAGAUUUUCUGCACUUGUCAAUGUAACCUAAUGUAAGACUGGUUAGAGCUAUUUUCUUAAUUGUCUUUUUGUGUAAAAUGUGCAUGUUGUCAUACUGUGCCACAAACAGUGGAUAAUUUAAUUAACAACAAAAUAAAAUGCAUACCAAAUACUUGC